AUGCAAAAAGACACAAAUUUCAUCAUCAAGGCAUUUCUGUUUCUAGACAAGAACUACGCGAGCUUCAAGCUUUCUGCGACAGAGAGAAUAGAAGCUUCUGGAAAGCUUGAGGCCUUGAUCACAGCUAAGCAUCGGAUUGCACCGAAUCCCCCGAAUUUCAAAAAAGCUGCCGUUGCCUUUGAAGCCCUCGAGCAGCCGACUUUGAAGGGGCGGUAUGCCAGCGAGGAGGUCUUCUCAUUGCUGAUGCGUCAACACGCGCAAUACAAUGACCUGUACCUGUCUCCUUAUACCACUAUUGUUGGUCCCUCUGGGAUAGGGAAAUCCUUCUCGAUCAAGCAGCUAGCUACUCGCUAUGGCGUCUAUGUCGUCUACUCCUGCCUGGCACCUAAGAACAGUCGAGGGUUCCCACGUCCGGUGACUAUGGGAACUGCACCUGUAGAUGGGGAGCAAGAUGACAUGAUUGCUCAGUGGAUGCUGUACCUUCGCAACCAGCUCUUGAUAGCCGACUGCUGCAAGAGCGCUGGAAUAACAGCUCCUGGUCUUUUUAAUCUCCUUACUUCCGACAGUGAGGAGAUAAUUGCUGCUCGACAGAAGCUCAGGGCUCUUUUUCACAAUCAGAACGAAGUCAGCGCCACUGCGAUACAUGAAGAACUGCUUGUGGCCAGGGUCGUUCUUGAAAAAUGGGACUUGAACAGCACUCCAACCAUUCCCCAAGAAGACGCUCGGCACCCAGUGAUCAUUUGCUUCGAUGAAGCCAGAGCCCUCCUUGAUGGACUAGACAAUUGGGCUUUUCGCAGCCUCCGACAGGCAGCCAAGAAGAUGAUCCAAGACAGCGAAGAUAGUGCAAGGAAAGAAGGCAGAAAGGAACGUAAGGACGCUGGCCAUCGCGAGGACAGGGAAACUGUAUCCUUCUUCAUGGUUCUCCUGGAUACAACAUCCAAAAUUAGCGACUUCACCCCGCCUAGCCGAUACGAUCACAGCGCAAAGGUCACAAACCAGCGUAUCUUCCGACCGAUAUUCCAGAUCGACUCACUAGACACCUUUGCCCCUGAGGCUAUUUCAGAUCCUUCGGGAGAAGAGUCUGCAGUAAACAGCCUGUUUUGUUUCGGUCGGCCUCUUUGGGGGGCUUUUCUCAAGGCGGGCCAUUCAUGGGAUUCCAUACUGAACUUGGCUAUCGACAAAAUCUCUGGAUACGAGGGGCAAACAGUUUGCAACAUUGCGAUGUUGAGUUUUCGCAUGAACUUUUACAUCUCAUCCAUCAUCUUGGCUAAGGACCUGGUGGCGUCGAUGAUGCGCUGUCUUGUUUCAGUAUCCGUCGAUCGAAAUGAUAUCAUCACCACGCAGCCUAGCGAGCCGGUGCUGGCAUUUGCAGCAUCCAAGCUUCUGCAGCAAGCUCCGACCCGCCUCGCAUGCAUCAGGUCGUGGAUCGGCGGACUGCACUCGGGUGCACUGAAUCCAGGAGAUAUUGGCGAACAGGUCGCUUCGAUGAUCCUCUUAUUUGCAUUCGACUACGUCGAGUUUGGCGUUGCUACAGAGCAGGACAUCACCCCCCAUGCAGUCCCCCUUCGUGAGUUCUUAGCGGCGCUACUGGGAAGCCGUGCGUGCGACGACCUAUGGCGCUACCAUGCCGACACAACGACCGGGAACCUCCUCAAGGACGGUGCCGUCUUCUUUAACCAUAUUGUGCGCGCAUCGACCGUCCCGACCUACGAAGUCUUAGAACAUGCAUACAAGCGUGGUGCGGCAGUUUUUCUCCCGACCAACUUCCCCGGAAUGGACGUUGCGAUACCCAUCCGCGCGUCUGAGGAAGGCCCAAUGGCGCUCCUCUUCAUACAGAUCAAGAACCGCAAGGGGGACAGUAACACGCCCGGUCUCAGACUGUCUAUGAAGGAGGACCUUUGCAAAGCCAUUGCGCGACUGAAGCUACAGAAGCUUCACUCUGUCAUAGGUCUCGUCAUGUGCUUGCGCACACCGGGCAACUCUCAAUUUGUUGCCAUUGAGCCAGAAUCGGGAUCGGACAUUCCAGGGCCCUUGACCAGGUCCGCAGCGAGGGCGAAAGGAAAGGGUACGAAGAAGGGAAUGGGGAAGGCUGUUGAGGUUGUCGAGGGGCCGGAACAGCAGCCAGACAGCCUCCUUCUGGGCAUAUCGUUUGGUCUCGAUUCGACCGUAUACCCUUGUCUAAAGGCACCAACCGGGUCGAAGCUGUCGAAGCUUUCGAAAAAUCGUAAGAGGUCAGCUAUUUUGAGCGGAGAGGCCUCCUCAAGACAGGGCCUGGCAGAGAUGGAGGAGAUUUGUCAUUUAUUGGGGGGUUUGUUGGGGACGUGGCCGAACGCGUAUGCGGAAGAGGACACAGAGUCAAGGUAUGCGAAGAGACUCCUCGAUCCCUUCUUUGACCUACACGGCGACGAAGGAGACAUCGAGGAAGAGGGUUAG